CUCGAUCUGAGUGAGUGAGUGCGCGCGGCUGCUGCUGCACGAGAAACCUGAAAACACUGACGAGCGACUCAACAACUUCAUCUUAACUGGAAAUUAACAAAAUCUGAGAGGAAAAUCUUUUUACAACUGUUUACAUCUCAUGUUUCUUGUCUCCCACUCGCGUAGUAAGAAACGGCACACUGUUUUAUCCACUUUACGAUGUUUUCUGUCAAGUUUUUCUGACUUUGGGAGAGUUGGAAGACGAAGAUAAAUAUCCUGAAUUAUUCAACGCUGGAGAUCACAAAACAAACAAACAAAUGAGGAACAACGAGUGUCAACGUCGAUGUAAAUAAAACAAGUUAAAUAGUUGAAGAGAAAGAGAUACAUGAAGAGAAAGAAAGGACUUUUCCCCCGCUGAACGGGACACUUGAAAGUUUGUUUUGCGCGACCAUUAAAAGAUGCAUCACUAAAACAACACUGGUUCCGAGCGACCAUUGCAGGAUAAUUUCUAGUCACCUGGCACCUGGGUCCAGAACAGAUGUCCAAAGAGGACCACAGCCACAGUGCCAGCCCACCCGAACCUCCAGAUGGAGCCCAACCGGAGAGACUGUCAGAGGAAACUGUCACUGUCUCAAACCCAGAAGGGAAUGAAACCGGUGAGCAGACAGCACAGAACUCAAACACCCCACCCAUGGAAAAGACAGGAGACGUGGAGAAUGGCAACAACAACAACAGCCUGUCCCAACCGGACCUCACCAGCACUCCUGGCAAAAGCAUAACAUAUCAACCUCAGGCACGCUCUACACCCAUAAACCCCACGCUAACCAGCUCCACUGAAUCAGCCGCGCUGCUGAGGAGAGACAGCAAGCCACACAGCAAUGGGGUGAGAAACGGCACCUUCUCACGAGCCGCCUCUUCAUCAUCUUCAUCUUCAUCCACAGCCCAUAAAAACCCCAAGAAGUUACAGUCAAACCCAUCCAUCAACAGUCAGAGGAGCAAAGGAAGCUCCAAAUCCAACAGCUCCAAGAUCCCCACAGAGGCCCAGGAUGAUUGCUGUGUCCACUGCAUCCUGGCCUGCCUGUUCUGCGAGUUCCUCACACUGUGCAACAUCGUGCUGGACUGCGCCACCUGCGGCUCCUGCGCAUCGGACGACUCCUGCUUCUGCUGCUGCUGCGCUUCAGAGGAAUGCGGUGACUGUGACCUGCCCUGUGACAUGGACUGCGGCAUCAUUGACGCCUGCUGCGAGUCUGCAGACUGUCUGGAGAUCUGCAUGGAGUGCUGUGGCCUUUGCUUCUCCUCCUGAGACUGAUCUGAGACCUGCGAAGAAACGGGCAGACAAUGACAGACGCGAACCUAGCUGUGAGUUACAGUCAGGUAGCUUUCUUAUGAGGUUAGUGGUCCAACACUAGUGGAGUUACUCUGCAAUAGUCGUAUACAUGCAUAUGAACUCCUUCAGGAACGGUUUCUGCUUUAAUGUGUUUUGUUGAGUCUACAAUGGCAUGACGCUGAAAAUUAAAAUCAUCUGAGCGCCAAGUUUUUGAUAAAAGCUCAAUUGACAGGCACCCGGUGGUUUACAAAUUCCACAAUAAUGCACGCCGUGAAAGAGCUUGAACAAUGCAGUAUCAGCAAAAAAGCCUCUCAUGGAAGACUAAUCCAAAGAUCAUAUACACAGUCAACACUAUUUUGUAACGUUAAUCCCAAAUAUCACCUCUCAGUACGCACACAUACUGUAGUACACUGGUGUAGUCCUUUGAGGAUUACUAAAGCCAUAAAGUGUGAGUGUGAAACUCAUAGAUGUAUGCGAGCGGGAGAAAGACGUGUGUAUUUAAUAUAUGGUGCCAUACUACAGUUGUAUUAUAGAUUGUAUAUAAACGUGAAGAGAAUCUUGUCCAUCUCCACAUUUGGUUCUGUGAUGUUCACAUUCUUGUUUUGUUUUUUUCACUUCAUUAAGUCUUACUCAUACUGGAAUUAUACUGUAAAAGGUUGUGAAUUGCUCCCAUAUUUUUUAUUUCCCAAUGUGAAAUAUCUGUCUUGUGAUUCCAAAACUUUCCAUUUAAAGAAGUUGUGUGUGAAUCUAAAUGUUUGAUUCUCUAUCUACCUAUUGUUUUUUAUCUAGUAAAUGCCUAGCAUUAGCAGUAUUAUUUUAUCCAUUGCAAAAAAAAGUCCGGUUUCUUUACUGUCUACAGCCAGGUUCAGACUACAUGAUAUUUUAAUCCACGAUCCAUUUGAUGUUAGUGAAUUCUUGCUAAAGCAUAAACGACAAUAAGCACAUCAAGAUCUGGUCUGGGGUCAGUUCUUAUGCUAAUUAGUCUGUUAGCUGCAUUUGAUUAAUGACCAUUUGGCAUUGUCAUUUCAAGCUGGUGAUACUUGAUGUACCGUUACGUACUGAUUUUUUUUUUUUAUUAGUAAUAUUUCUUAUACAAGUGUAUUGUUGGCUAAUACGUAAACUUUAUUCCCUACUUUUAAGAUAUCAAUAUAAACCUUUUAGGCUGCAUUCACACUGCAGGUUCAAGUGACUCAAUUAAACUUUUUUUUUUUUUACUCCCACGAGGCACAAAUUGGAUAUGGCUAGGACCACACGGAAUCUGCGUGCGCAGAAAUCUGCAGAUUUUUAGCCCAUCAUUGAGCCUAAUUAUUUACUUGUUUAAAUGUGUGUGAAUUUACAUUUAUUCAGUUUUUUAAUUAAUUUUAGUAAUUUUAUCGACUAAUAUGAAAGUGUACAAAUGAUUUAUUUACAAUACAGUUUGUGAAGUAAUAUUUUCUGUCUUUUAGUAGGUAUAUUAUAUGAGAGACUUGCUUUGUUUAACAAAUAAGUCAAUCUAGAUGGAUUUGCAUUGUUUUUGUACCCCUUCCCCUUCCCCUUGGUCCUUACAACCGAGGGUGAAUGAGAAGGGGUUCAAAAUAUAACUCUCAGAAUUGGGACAGCACUACAGCACCUGCACACGUCAUCAUAUGUCAUCACGAUCUCUUGCUUCAUAUGAGAUCAGACGAUCGCGACUGCUGUAGUUACUACAGUUGUGUUAUAUUUUUGGUAUUUAUCUUCAGGAAAUCACUGAAGGCAAUGAUAUUAUCAAAAUAAUAAUAUAAUGUGGCAAUAAGAUCGUAACUAUACUGUGCAUUUACACAGUGGCCAUAUAUUUAUCUAUGUAAACACACAAACACAACAUUAACAUUAUAGCAGACAGCUCUAACUAUAGCAGAAGCUCAUUCCCAGCCACUAGACAUUACUGGCUGGGCAUUUGAGUGUCAGAAUGUUGUGGGACUGCUGUACAGGAGUAAUGAUUAUGGAUCAUACAUCACGAAAUUUAGCGGCUUUUAUUUUAGCGUUUUUUUUUUUUUUUUUUUUUUAUAAAGCAUGACGGUAAAACACAAACGCGGUUAUGAAUAUAUUAAAACAAAUGCUUGUUUGUUGUAAAAAUUCGUAAUAAUGACAAAAAAUUCUAAUUUGUGGAUCUCCUUACUUCCGGGUGCAGUAUUUCUGCUGUUGUGGCUGGUGUAUUCUGGGAAAUUUUCUUAGCCCUUGAUUUCGAGUGUGGUCCUGAAAAAUCUUCAUUCAAAGGGGUAUUUACCCCUACGCCUUGACGUGAACGUGCAAAACGAGGGGAAGGGGAAGGGCUAAGGGGUAGAAUUGGGAUUGGGCCUAAGUCUUUAGUUGCGAUACUCCCAAAAUAAACCUGCAUACAUUUUUACAGAUUUGCGCCGCAGAGUUUUACAAAAUUCUCAGCAGAAAUAGCAAAAAAUGUCAGCAGAUUCUGUCUGGCCCUAGAUAUGGCCCAUGUACGUUUAAGCAGGAUCUGUGUUCUCGUAUCUGCAGUGUAAGCAAGUAAAUAGAAUUUUUACCCUGUCAACGUGAGUUGUGCAUCAUUAAAAACCAUAGUGAAUGACCUCAACUCUGAUGCUGUAAUUUCAGAACAGAC